AUGGCGGAAGCACCUGCGAGGAUUGAAGUGCCGCUCGCGUUCGAAGAUGUCGACAUAGACGUUCUUGUCCAACUGAUCGCUGACAUGUUGGACCGUCUGAUAUCACAUAAUGACCAGAUACCAUUAUCUCCCGAGGGCCUCACUCGUUUCCACUCACGUACUGCUCCUGGCAUUUCUGUUCUAGAGUACCUGCGACGAAUAGUUAAGUUUACCAGGGUCGAGCGUGUAUGCCUCCUCAUUACCCUGCACUACAUUGAUCAGAUAUGCACGAGGAUGCCAACCUUCACGCUCUCCUCGUUAACAUGUCACCGAUUUCUGAUAACGGCUGUCACGGUAUCCAGCAAGGCCCUCUGCGACGUCUUCUCCAGCAACAGCAUUUAUGCCAGAGUGGGCGGCAUCCCUGUCGCGGAGCUUAAUAUGCUCGAACGGGAGUUUCUGCGCAUGAUUGACUGGCAGCUCACGUGUACUCGCGAGAUUCUGCAGGAGUACUACGUGAAUCUCGUUCGGACUCACAGCGUAGGUCGAUAUGCGAUCAUUGCUCUGGAAUCUUCCAGCAGCAUCUCUUCGGACGAUGACAUGGAUUGGGAGACUGGUCGAUCCCGCUCACCCUCGCCUCCACAAGCCGGAAGCAGUAACCGCAACCGCGAGUUCGUCCCUGGUGAAGCGUCCACAAUCCUUAUCGACACCGUUACCCUUACCCGCCAGUCGCCAAAGCCGCCUACGCUGGAGCAGAACAUGGCGUUUGCUGCGUUUCAACAGUCCUACAUGCAGCAGGAUGGAGGAACAUGA